UCAGGGCAGUUUAAGCUGCUGGAACAAGACCGAGAUAUUAAGGAGCCAGUGCAGUAUUUUAACAGUGUGGAGGAGGUGGCUAAAGCAUUUCCUGAACGAGUUUACGUCAUGGAGGAAAUAACGUUCAACGUUAAGGUGGCUUCAGGUGAAUGUAAUGAAGACACUGAGGUUUACAACAUUACGCUUAGUACUGGGGAUGAGCUCACUUUAAUGGGGCAAGCAGAAAUCCUUUAUGCAAAGUCUUCUAAGGAGAAGUCACGACUCAACACCAUCUUCAAGAAAAUUGGGAAACUUAAUUCAAUUAGCAAGUUAGGCAGAGGCAAGAUGCCCUGCCUCAUCUGCAUGAACCACAGGACCAAUGAAAGCAUCAGCCUCCCUUUCCAGUGCAAGGGCAGGUUUAGCACCCGCAGCCCACUGGAGGUGCAGAUGCAGGAAGGUGAGCACACAAUUCGCAAUAUAGUCGAGAAAACCCGGCUGCCUGUUAAUGUAACUGUGCCAAGUCCUACACCAAGAAACCCUUAUGACCUGCAUUUUAUCCGGGAAGGGCACAGGUAUAAGUUUGUCAACAUUCAAACCAAGACUGUGGUGGUUUGUUGUGUGCUUCGUGGCAAUAAAAUUAUUCCAAUGCAUUUUCCAUUGCACUUGACACUUCCAAAAUUUACCCUACCUGACAGUCUUGUGAAGGGGGAACUGUGGCAUGAAUCCCUCAUCCAGCACUGGUUUAAUGUAUGCCAAGAACAGUUUGACAUAGAUGAAUAUUCCCGUGCCGUGCGAGAUGUGAAAACUGACUGGAAUGAAGAUUGCAAGAGCCCGAAAAAAAGUCGAUGCCCUGGGCACAGCCAUGUGCCAAAUUCCCUGAGCUAUGCCCGGGAUGAACUUACUCAGUCCUUCCAUCGGCUGUCAGUGUGCGUCUAUGGAAACAAUUUGCACGGGAAUAGUGAAGUGAAUCUUCACGGUUGCAGGGACUUGUGUAAUGAGUGGGCCCUGUUUUCUCACGAUGCUCUUCAAUACCCAGAUUCUGGUGACAGUAGCAGUGACUAUCUUUCUCCUGAAUUUGGUGAAGGAACACUGUAUCUACCUGCUAAACAAGAACUUCCUUAUGAAGAGCUGUGGUUGGACCAAGGAUCUGGAAAGCCUGGGGACCAGCCUCUUACUCGCUCGCUAAGUGAAAAGAACAAAUGUGACAAUUACAGAGGCUCUUUCCGAUCAAAGAAAGCACCUCUUCCUGUGCCUGGGACUAUCGGAGCAACAACCAAGUCUUCAGAUGUUUCCCUACCUCCACCUCCAGUGCCUCCCAAAUCAGAAGCAGUGAGAGAGGAGUGCAGGCUCCUGAACGCUCCCCCGGUUCCACCGCGCAGUUCGAAGCCGUCCUCUUCCACCAGUCCCUCCAUCCCUCCUCGCACGGCGAAGCCGGCCCGGCAGCAGACGCGGUCGCCCAGCCCCACUCUGUCCUACUAUUCUUCAGGACUGCACAACAUCAGCGUCGCAGAGAGUGACAACGCAAACACAGCGGAGAGCACACCCGUGUCCUGCUACCCUUGUAACAUGAUGAAAACCGAAUCCAAAGAGCCUGAGAGCACGAUGCCUUUUGGAAGCCCCUCAGCUGAAGCUCUGUCCUGUAGAUUAUCCUGGCCAAACCAUUUUUCAGGAACCGCUGAAGGCCGAAACAGGAAUGAUUUCCUGCUAGAUCCAAGCAGGAGCUAUAGCUACCCCAGGCAGAAAAUUCCAGGCACGCCAAAGAGAAACUGUCCAGCACCUUUGACUUUUGACUUGGACGGGUGUGAUCUCCCUGAGGACUGCGCGCCGCUGACGCCGGCAGAGUUUGCUAACGCCAUCUCCAGCUGCCCAAAGUCAGCCAGUUACUCACUGGAAUGCACUGAUGAGAAAACUCUAGUGGCCAGCAACACGAAGCAGAGUCACUCGUGUCCUGCCUUACCUCCUCGGGCGCCCAAAGCAGGUGAAGAGAAACCAGCUGCAGACACGUGUCCUUUACCGCUAAAAAUAGACGGUGCCGAGGAGGAAUCCAAAACGGAUUCGCCAGACCUCUUGGAAGAGCAGUAUCUCGUUAAAAAGGGCAUGCAGGACACUUUCUCUGCGUCCUACCCCUUCUCGUCUCCCCUCCACCUGCAGCUAGCGCCGAGGUCUUGCGGGGACGGCUCUCCCUGGCAGCCACCCACAGACCUGUCCGGCCUCUCCAUAGAGGAAGUGUCUAAAUCGCUGCGGUUUAUUGGCCUGUCAGAAGAUGUCGUAUCAUUUUUCGUUACAGAGAAGAUUGAUGGCAAUUUACUGGUUCAGCUUACAGAAGAAAUCCUUUCAGAAGACUUCAAGCUAAGCAAAUUGCAGGUUAAGAAAAUACUGCAGUUCAUUAAUGGCUGGCGGCCAAAAAUGUGAUGCUGACUAGUUUUUGAUGAAACUGUACGAGGUGUGCUCGAUGCCCUUCAGCUAAUACAUCACUUCCUGUUUUUUGCACUAAAAGCCCCUGUAAAUAGUAGUAGAAGAAUUCUUACUAUGCAGACAAAAGUUUGAGUGGUGAACAGAUUUUUUUUUGUAUGUCAAUAAUAAAGAUAGAGAAUCUGCAGAGGUGUGCCUUGUGCAUCCCUGAACUUUCAACAGCUGCUAAAAACUGGACAUUAAGGGAAUUUUUACUCCGUAGUCUGUUAAGACUUAGUCGUAUUUAUUACCGAAUAAUUUGAUGCUGAAAGACACACCAAUCCAGUUUACAGUUUUGUGUUAACUGCAAAAAACGUAUUUCUUAAGGGAUUAUUUCUGUCCAAGUAAUAUUUGGCAACGUGCUGUGACUUUUCGUUGCUUUUCUGUUAUCAAAAAAGCAUGUUCAGAUACACAAAAACAUCUUUUUUGACACUACAUCUGAAAAUGUUAAGAGUUGCUGUGAAGUGCUACUAAUACACUAUUCUUGCAGCCUAUUUUUUUAAUUAACAGUCUCUUC